AUGCCACCGACGAUUCCCCAGCGCGGGGGGCCGAGCGCGUUGAAGCGCAUCGGCAUUGCGGGCAAAACUGUGGGAAAGACGGGCGCAAAGCGCCACAGAAAGAUCAUCAAAGACUGUAUUCGUGGUAUCACGAAGCCCGCCAUUCGGCGUCUCGCCCGCCGUGGCGGUGUCAAGCGUAUCUCUGGUGGCAUUUACGACGAGGCGCGUUACGCGCUAAAGACCUACCUAUCAAUGAUCAUCCGGGAUGUCGUCGCUUAUACGGAGUAUCGUGGUGCGAAAACGGUGACCACAAACGAUGUGAUCUUCGCUCUGCGCCGCAUUGGUCGACCCAUCUACGGUUUCGACCCGGAGACGUACCAGGUCCCCAAGAAGAAGGCGGAACUCCAGCUAGAUGAUGCUGACGUCUAG